CUUUUCUUAUCCUUGUUGUCAGGGCUCGCACAGCAUUGUGGGUAGAGUAACGCUAGGUCAGAUGACCCUUGCCUCUCCUGUGAGGGGUACUGCUGCUGUCACACACUGAAGGGAAACACGCCGAUUUUUACAGGUUGAAUCAUGAGGCACCUGGUCUUCCUCCUCCCAGCCCUGCUGCUGCUGCUGGCCCUGCCGGACACCAGGGGGCGCUACAACGACGACUUCGAUGACGGUGAGGACAUCGCCGAGUUUGAUGACAAUGACUUCGCUGAGUUUGAGGACGUCAGCGAGGACCCAGCAGUCGAUGUGGAGAAAGAGCCGCCCCCUCGAGCAGCCCCCCCAUCCACACCUGUAGAAGACGACGAAGACGAGGCCACGGUGGAGAACGAGGAUGGCCAGGACGAGUUUGAAGAUGCUGAUGCACAGGAUCAAGACAUGUACAGCAAGUAUGACAACGAGGAGUUUGAGGGCUAUGAGAAGACCAACCCUUCAUUCAAAGACACCCUUAUAUACAGAGAGGUCCCAGCGCACCUUCAGAACAGCUGGGAGAGUUAUUACAUGGAGAUCCUGAUGGUCACGGGUCUUCUUGCCUACAUUAUGAACUACAUAAUUGGCAAAAACAAGAACAGCAGGCUUGCCCAGGCCUGGUUUAAUUCCCACAGAGAACUUCUCGAGAGCAACUUUGCCCUCGUGGGGGAUGAUGGCACCAGUAAGGAGGCCACCAGUACGGGGAAACUGAACCAGGAGAAUGAGCACAUCUACAACCUGUGGUGCUCAGGACGAGUCUGCUGUGAGGGCAUGCUGAUUCAGCUUAAGUUUUUGAAAAGACAGGACCUGCUGAAUGUGUUGUCCAGGAUGAUGAGACCGGCCUGUGAUCAAGUGCAAGUUAAAGUGACUCUGAAUGAUGAGGACAUGGACACGUUUGUGUUUGCUGUGGGGAGUCGGAAGGCCAUGGCACGGCUGCAGAAAGAGCUGCAGGACCUGAGUGAGUUCUGUGGUGAUAAGCCCAAAUCAGGGACAAAAUAUGGCAUCCCUGAUUCUCUGGCCAUUUUAUCAGAGAUGGGAGAGGUCACGGAUGGAGUGAUGGACAGCAAGAUGGUACAUUACCUUACCACUCAUGCUGACAAGAUCGAGUCCAUCCAUUUCUCGGACCAAUUCUCUGGUCCAAAAGUUAUGCAAGAGGAGGGUCAGCCCUUAAAGCUGCCCGAGACCAAGAAAACACUGCUGUUUACAUUUAACGUGCCUGGGAUGGGUAACACAUCUCCCAAAGAUAUGGACAGUCUGCUGCCUCUGAUGAACAUGGUGAUCUACAGCAUCGACAAGCUCAAGAAGCUUCGCCUCAACAGAGAGGGGAAGCAGAAAGCAGACAGAAACCGUGCUCGCGUGGAGGAGAACUUCCUGAAGCACACUCACGCUCAGCGACAGGAGGCCGCUCAGACGCGUCGUGAAGAGAAGAAGAGAGCGGAGAAGGAGAGGAUCAUGAACGAGGAGGAUCCUGACAGACAGCGCCGCUUAGAGGAAGCCGCCCAGCGUCGCGAGCAGAAGAAGCUGGAGAAGAAGCAGAUGAAAAUGAAGCAGAUCAAAGUGAAAGCCAUGUGAGACACACACACGCUCAUAGGAAUCAGAGAAAGAAUCUACUACUUCCACACAUGCUAAUCUAUACACUCUUCUACGUGAAUGUGCAUGCCAUUCGAUUGGCUUCUAUUGCGCCCACAUAAACGCUCUGUCCAAUCAGGAGAAAGCAGCUGGUUAAGGAGUAAAUCUGAUCUUUAAAAGACAACUGGAUUGGAGAUGUCUGAACUGUUUGAACAUGUUUUACUGUAGCAAUCAUUUCAAGCAUGACUUUUCAGCCUAAUUGCGAGACUAUUGCUUUUUGUGGGCUUUGUCAUAAUAAUCUGGACCUUUUGGGCCUCUUCAAAGCAACUUGCCACUUUAGCCAACCUUUUUUCAAUUCAGUUGUCUCCUGGGAGUUCAGUAUGGACUUGUGUAGAGGACCUGCUCUUUCAUUUCAACUCCCAAGAGAUUUAACCUCACCUCCUUAAAGUUUCAGCUGUGCUUCUUUUUAAAGGGAUAUCCGGGAGUGUUUUUAAAAGGAACUGGGUGGGUAAGAAAGCUACCUUUUUUGUACUACAGUGCUUCCUUAACCCUAUUUCUAAGAAUUCAUGAUUGCAAGCGUUUAUAGAUGAGUAAUAGGCACAUUGUCAUUGUCUUUCUUUUUUUUUCUUUUUUAUGAGCAAAGGCCCACUGUGAUUUGUCACUGUCAAGGCAGCGCAAACUCCUUUAUACGUAUUUAACAGAGGUGAAAUUGAAAUGUAUUGUUAAGUUAAUAGUUGAUCAGAGCAUCCAUGAGCUUGUAUCAUGUUUAUGAGUGAACAUUGACUGUAACCCUUUUUUUCUGUAACAUUUGUUAAUGGGACGCUUAACUGAAUAAAGCAUUCAUUGGAAACAUA